UUUGUACUGCAUUGUUCGUUCUGCAUCUGCUGCUGUUACAAUAUCUCUAUAAAAACGCCACAAAUCUCUUUCAAUUUUCCCCUUUUCCCUUUCCUCCCAUUCUUCAAUUUCCAAACCCAAACCCAAACCCUCCUUCUUCUUCUUCUUCUUCAAUCCCGCGCCGCCAAGAUUCUUCUACCACACUGUGUGAAUGGAAGCGCUGAAGUAGCAGUUUCAGCGUUGCUGCAAUUCAACACCAUAGCGAUUCUUCGUGUCUUAUGGCAGCAUGUCUGAAGAAGAAGCAGCAUCAGUGUGUGCCACUUCAAAGAGUUUCAAUUCCCUGUUUUGACCCUCUUUUCGACCACCCCACCAACACCAACACCAACCCACUUUCACUGCUUCGUGAUCAUGCCGAAUCACAUCGCUUCUCUCUCCCGACCCAUCAUGACUUCUUUCUUCUUUCACCCUUUCCUUGUUAUCUUCUUGCUCUUCUUCACUCUAACAGCGUCAGUGCAAGCGUUCACCGGGACUUACGGCAUAAAUUAUGGGAGAAUUGCAAAUAACAUCCCCUCUCCUGAUCAAGUUGUUACUCUUCUCAGAGCAGCAAAAAUAAAGAAUGUUAGAAUCUAUGAUGCUGAUCACAGUGUUCUCAAGGCCUUUAGCGGAUCCGGGCUUGAACUUGUAAUUGGAGUUACCAAUGGACAGUUGCAAGACAUGAGUUCGAAUGCAGAUCAUGCUUUGGACUGGGUGAAGGACAAUGUCCAGGCAUUUCUUCCCGGGACAAGCAUUCGUGGAAUUGCCGUGGGCAAUGAAGUCUUGGGUGGGGAUGACCAAUCUUCGUGGGGAUUUCUUUUGGGCGCUGUGAAAAAUAUCUAUAAUGCUACGAAGAAACUUCAUCUGGAUGAGCUAGUUCAGAUUUCUACUGCCAGCUCAUUUGCUGUUUUUGCCGAUUCCUACCCUCCUUCGUCUUGUGUAUUUAGAGAUACUGUUAAAAAUCAGUAUAUGAAGCCGCUAUUGGAGUUCUUCCAGCAAAUUGGCUCUCCUUUCUGUUUGAACGCGUAUCCUUCCCUAGCCUAUGCAAGUGAUCCAGAGCAUAUUGAUUUAAAUUAUGCUCUUUUUAACCCAACAAAGGGAAUUUAUGAUCCAAAGUAUAAGCUGCAUUACGAUAACAUGCUUGAGGCUCAGAUUGAUGCAGCUUAUACUGCUUUGGAGGAUGCUGGAUUUCACAAAAUGGAAGUCAUAGUUACAGAGACAGGGUGGGCUUCAGAUGGAGACCAAAGUGAAGCUGGAGCUAACAUAACUAAUGCAAGGACGUACAAUUAUAACCUACGUAAAAGGCUUGCGAAGAAGAAAGGAACCCCGCACAGGCCUAAAAAUGUUAUGAAGGCAUACAUAUUUGCAAUUUUUAAUGAGAAUCAGAAGCCUGGUCCUUUCUCCGAGAGGAACUAUGGACUGUUCAAGGCUGAUGGGAGUAUAUCAUAUAACAUUGGGUUUCAUGGGCUUAAUGCUGGAGAUUCAUCUCUUUUGUCUCUUAAGAAUAUCAAUGCUCCAGGUUUGUCCCGGUCGUACACCAUGGUACUGUCUCUAUGUACUCUGAUACUUCUGCUGAGUUUCUGGAGUUAGUGAUAUAGGUCCUUACAAUUGAAGGGGUUUUGGCCUUUCUUGCUCUCAUUGUAGAUCAAAAUUAUACCAUUGAUUAUCAUAUUUAAUAAAGCAAUAUCUAGAAA